GCAUCGUGAACUGCAGCGUUGCUACAAUCCUCACGGGGUGCAUCGGCAAGGUGCCGUGUGUGCCUUUGCCAUUGGACACCUGCAUGCUUGACUCCUCUAAUUGCAGUGCGGGCAUUCCCGCUGGCGACUCGUGCGACAUCCACUGCAAGUACCCCUACACCGGCACGUCCGGCGAGGCAAGCUGUCCGUCCCUCAACAGCGAUCCCUUCUUCCUGCCGACGCUUGCUCCCCCAACCUGCAUCGUGGACUGUUCGCAAUUGGAAUCCAUCUCUGUCGUGGGAUUUCGACGGAAAGCGAACGACACGGGCUGGGAAUGUGAUGAUGGUUUCGGUGGCACUGUGCGAGAAGAUUGCUAUCUGGAGUUUGACAAAGAUCCAUGUGGGAGCCCGCAGCUGCUUCUCUCUGGCUGCUUUCCUCUGGCUGACUGCUUGACUCCCAUGGUCGACCUUUGCCAGUUCAACGUGUCUGAUUGCCAGCAGGUCAUGCGAGGCAGCUCCUGCAGCGUCUCCUGUAUCUCGCCCUAUUCCGGAUCGUCCACCGUGGCAACGUGCCCCAUGAUGAACACAGAUGCACUUCAAGGGCUUGAGCUCGUCCUUCCGGCCUGCAGCUUCCCUGUGUGUCCUGAUCCAGCUGUGCUUCCACUCGGUUUUGUGCAGCAUGAGAACGGCACCUAUGGCUGCGACCGCGACUACAUAGGCACCGUCGACCGCAGCUGCACGAGUCUUGCCUUCUCGGGCACAUCCUUGGGGAAUACUGCAGAAGGUCCGGCCUGCUACCCCGAAGCAGUGUUCACAGGCUGCAAGGUUGUUGCUGAAAUCGUUCCGUGCCAGCCGCCGGUUGUUGAUCCCUGUCUCCAUGAUGCUUCCUCGUGUAGCGGGUCUUCGCUGGCUCCGGGUGGUAGCUGCGAAAUUGGAUGCCUUUCACCAUUCUACCAAGGCAGUCCCGUGCAGACGUCUUGCCCACUCGACAACAUCAACACCACCGGAGGAUUGGUGUGGACCCCGCCGGUGUGUAGCCUGUGGUGCCCUGAGCCCACACUGGAAGAAGAGCCGGCGUAUGGACGAAAUCCUGAAGGUGGCAGUAGCCAAGACAGCAGCGGAUGGAUCUGCAACCCCGGCUAUGCCGGCACAGCGGAGGUCACGUGUCAACUACUUCCUCCUGCCAGGGGGCAACAGUGCGGUGUGGCGAGGCUCAUCAUGUCUGGCUGCAGCCGGCUGGAGCCUUGCGUGCCGCUGCAAGCAUUUGCAAUGGACUUCCAGGUGCGGCUUCCGGCCCUGCCUCCUGCACGCGGGGAGUGGCUGGAGGAAGCUGGAGAAGGCUUUGAAAUCGAUGUUUCGGGAUGUGCAGCCUUGGGUCCUGGCCAGGCAUGUCUUAUCGGUUGCCGGCCGCCGUUUGUUGGAGAUGUGGUGGAAGCACUUUGCCCCGUUGGGAACACGGAUCGAUUUCAGGCACCCAUCCCGCACAAGACUCCGCUUUGUGAGCUUCGAUGCCCGGACCCGCAAAUGGCCCCACCGGGUUACCAGCUGAUCAAGACGGCACGCCAACCAACUGUGGGAGCUGCUGGCAAGGGUGGCGAGUGGCAGUGCACGUCGGACUUCACUGGCUUGCCCUUGAAGCACUGCAACGCAACUGCUGCAUGCAACGAGACCAGUGCGGAGCAGCUUGACGAGUCAGGAGACUGUGCCAAUGCCAUCGAGCUUUCGAUCGAACUAACUGGAUGUGUGAAGCGGCAACCAUGUCAAGCUCCAAUACUGGACGCUUGCAGCAUAGAGAGCUUCGACUGCCCCGCUAAUUUGCUGGACCCCGGUUCUUCGUGCACGGUGCUCUGCCGCUUUCCGUUUGUUGGAGACCCGACGAUCGCACGCUGCCCUCACGAAAACGUCCUCUUUGGACAAGGGUUGGAUUGGACACCACCCGACUGCGUGUUGCCAGAAUGCUAUGAUCCAGUUCCAGAAGGCUAUCAACAUGGUGCAGCUGGAUGGGAGUGUGCAGAAGGCUACUUCGGCUCUGCAGUGCGCAGCUGCACGACAGAUGUCAACUGUGAGCGUGAGGUGGCCCUUUCAGGCUGCACCAAGCUACAACCGUGCAGCUUGCCGAGAAGCCGCGAUCGUUGUCGCUACGAUUUCACCUCGUGCCUUUCAGCGGUCGAUGGGCAGAGCUGUGAGGUGCGUUGCUUGGAACCCUUCUACACGGCCAGCAGCUCACAAGUUGGCCUUGCGCUAUGUCCUGCAGGCAACGUUGACCCUGAGCAGGAGCUGCAAGUCCUGUCGCUACCAAACUGUGUGCCGGAGUGCACUGCGGUGCCUCCUCCAGGGUAUGUCGGUUCUCUGCAGACAGGCUGGCGAUGCGGAGAGGGCUACCUGGGCACCCCGACCGUCAGCUGCACAGUGACGGAAGUCGGUGCGAGCUGCGUUGCUGACUUCCAGGCAUCGGGAUGCUUGCCUAUUCAACCCUGCAUCCCAAAAGCAGCGGAGAUCCCUUGUAUGUACGACAUGGAUGAUUGCAGGGAGGUCAGUGCUGGGUCGACGUGCGAAAUACACUGCAAACAUCCAUUUCGAGGUAGCUCAGCAACCGGCAGUUGUCCUGCCGGUAACACGGAUCCCACCAGGAUGGUGGAUGCAGAUUUGCCCGAGUGUUUCGUGAAAGCUCCGUGCCCGGAUCCGACCAAUGGAAUACCGGAAGAAUAUAGAUAUACUGGCAACAUUCUGGAGCCAGUCGAAUGCUCUGCAGGCUUUGCUGGUCCGGCUAUUCGGGAGUGCGCAGCCAAACUGCUGCCAAACAGCACUGACACUUGCUUUGUCGAGGGCAGCUUCACUGGAUGUGCCAAGAUUGUGCCAUGCCUUUCCCCCGAGAUCGCGUCGAACGACUGUGAGCUUAACACUACAUGUGGGCCUAUGCUCGAUGCCGGUGACAGCUGCGAUACUGCGUGCAACAGGCCACUCGAAGGACAGAUGACUGUGGCGCGAUGCCCAGCGCACAACACGGAUCCGACGAUGCGGGCGAUUUGGACACGUCCAAUUUGCACUUGCCCGGAUCCGGCAGUGGUCCCUCCUGGCUUUGCCCCGGCUCUCGGGGCAUGGACAUGCUUGGCCGGAUACGUAGGGCAAGCAGCGAAGCUCUGCGAGUGUCGGGCAGAGGAGCCACUGUUGCGCGGUUGUUACUCCCCAGUAAUUUGCGGUGCUGCCGGCUUUUCCGAUACGGACACUAGAAGAGGCUUCGUGGGAGGAAGGAUCGAGUUUGGGCCCUCGACGUUAGAUGGGCGGACAGACGAAGAUGGCGUUUUGAGCUAUGAGGUCUUUUGGGCCGAUGACUGCGGCAUCCCACUGAGGGAUUUCCCAGCGAUUCUGACGGUGCCGCCUCGCACCUCCGGUGGUCCUUCGAGUCUUUGGCCCGAUGGUUGCUGCAAGACAGAUGUUUAUUCCUUGACAAUCCCGGCAACUGAGUUGCCGGCCGAAGCCCGGCAACUGCUGAUCCUCGUGCUCACAAGCUCGGGACCCGCACCCGAUGGGUUGGUCAUCCCGUUGGAGGAUAGCAAUUUCGAAGACACUGUGACAGUUCCGCCCAAAGGUACGGUUGGCAGCGAAGCCAGCGAACGGCGGACUUCUGAGUGGCUUCUUUUGUUGACUUGCAUAAUAGCAGUCCGUCGUGAGUAG